UAAUAAAAAGCACAUUUUUGUCUUACAAUAACCUAUAUUUAACUUCAAGUCGCUAAGAUGAGGUAAGUGUGUUCUUCAAUUAGGUAACGUUCUGUUUCUUUAAAGUAAUGAACAAUCACAUGUAAAUUGUUACGAUUACUCCAAUCUCGUAUAAUGUACAUGGAGAUACAUGGUCGAACAUGUUACACUCUACCAUGGCUGUGGCCCAUCUUGAAGCCUAGCCACAGCUUUCAAACUGUGUACACAUAUUGGCGGCCAUAUGACGAGGAUACUGGCUCUAGCAUUGAACAGGGGGUAAUGACCGGCUGUGGUUGGUUCGUGGGACUUUGAACACAUGGAAAUCAUGCCACUUUGCACUCUGCCAGCAUCGCCGGUUGGGGUUCCAUACCAGAAUAGGUAAUAAAUGUUCACAGUGUAUAUAUCUCUCCCCUAUCCAAGUCUUGUAACACUGGUAGAGUGUACUUACAAUACAUUCAAUCACGCAAUGCCUACCACGACCAAUACAGGCAGAUGAAAUUCGCCAAGACCAGGGCUUACAUGCAUCGGUGAGCCAAACUAUCUCGCCAAUAGUGGCUUCAAUGCUGUUACACCACUAUCUUCCUGCACUUUACGAAGUUGUCGUGGCACCAGUCAGACGAGGGGCACCGCGAAGGGUGUCCUACAUGGUAACAGACGCAGUCACAUUGCCAGCCAUACCGCAAUGUCAUUUGUCGAUUUCCCAGAUAAUGAAUGGGAUCAGC